CCGAACUCUCGUCGUUAGCGUUAGUAACCCCAAUUCCCAAACUUCCCAAAAACAUCUUCUCCCUUGACUUGUUGAGAAUUUAGAAACCAAAAGCCGGAAGGGAAUUCUGAAUUUGUGUUCGCAGUGCAGGGGUUUUUCAGAUGAAGGACCCGUUGGAGAGGACCAAAGUAGUGAUUAGGCACUUGCCCCCUUCUCUUCCUCACUCAGAUCUCUUCCACCAUAUUCAUGAUCGAUUCGGUGGUCGCUUCAAUUGGUCUUACUAUCGUCCCGGAAAGACCAGUCAGAAGGACCAGAGAUACGCUCGAGCCUACAUAGACUUUACCAGACCUGAAGAUGUUUUUGAGUUUGCGGAGUUCUUUGAUGGCCAUAUUUUCGUUAAUGAGAAGGGUGCUCAGUAUAAGGCUGUGGUUGAAUAUGCACCUUCACAGCGUGUUCCCAGAUCAUCUACCAAAAAGGAUGGUCGUGAGGGGACAAUAUACAAAGAUCCAGAUUAUUUGGAGUUCCUCAAACUCAUUGCUAAACCUGCCGAGCAUCUUCCAAGUGCUGAAAUACAGUUGGAAAGGAAAGAAGCAGAGCAAUCUGGUGCUGCAAAAGAAGCUCCAAUUGUUACCCCUCUCAUGGAGUUUGUUCGCCAGAAACGAGCAGUUGAAAGUGGAACACAGGGAUCUUCAGUACCUCGGAAGGUCAAAAGAGGUGGGGCAGCAUCCUCUAGAAAGCCUGAGUUGAAUUCCAUGAAGCGAGGGAUGGAGAAGAAGAAGUAUAUUUUAAAGGACAGUGUGAAGAACACAAACCGCAGAGACAAGUCAAAUUUCAUUUUGGUGCCCAGGCGAGAGGAUCAGUCAGCUACUUCAAGUGGAAUUGGAAUUUCGGAUGUUGUUACAGCUGACUUUGGAAAGAAAAAAAUUCUGCUUCUCAAGGGGAAAGAGCGAGAUAUCUCUCAUGUUUCUGAUGGCAUGUUACAGUUGCAGAGUGCUACAUCUUCUGAGACUUCUCCUGCAAGUGCAUCAAAACAUAAUCAGAGGCGUGAGGCUAGUGGAAGCAUGAUCAGAAGCAUCCUUUUAAAUAAUGAAGCACGUCACGGACAGAAUUCAUCAGUAGCUCAGUCUCAUCCAAAAAUUCAGAUCCUGAACUCAGACAAUGGGAAGCGACCACCUCGUCCCAUUAAUGCUCGAUCUGGGUCUAAUGAUAUGUCCAGUAAUGAACCGAAUCCAUCUGGCUCAGAAGGGGAUGGAAAAAGGGCUCCAGAUGGUAAGUUUAGUAAAAAGGAACUUCAUGGCCUGGGUAGUGGUAAUGAGAAGCAAGAAAAACGAAUAAGAAACAAAGAUAGACCUGAUCGUGGGGUCUGGGCGCCACGCAGUCGUUCAGAUGCCUCAGUCUCACAACUUGAGGAAUCCUCUGUUUCACAAUCUAGUCACUUGCUUUCUGACUCAGUUGAAGCGUACCGUGGGGAAAUGAAAGAAGAUGUUCAUGGAAGCAGGACAGGGGAUGUUACAACCACUGUGAGUGGGCGUAACAGUUCAGUGGAGAAUGGUUCAGUUAGACAUGUUGGACGUCGGGGGGCUGCCCAUGUUAUGAAGGAUGAUGGGUCUUUGAACCCAAAUGAAGGGAAGCCAUCCAAAAGAGGUGUUGCUGGUGGUCAUGAGAAACAAGUAUGGGUUCAGAAGUCAUCUUCAGGUUCUUAGCAUAUUUAAAUCAUAUAAUGGCAUCCAGACAGGACUAUGGUUCCUCAAACUUCCAGGGGGAUUAUCUCCAUUCUGAGGACUAAUGCACAUCCUCAGAAGGCAUCAUGUAAAAUGGAGAUAUGCCCUGGAAGCAGUUGGUAACAGUAAUAGGUUUCGUGAACUGGAUUGCAAGAUUUGCAAUUGUUUUGUCGUAUACAGGUGGUUACAAAACACAAGGUUCUCUGGUUGAAGACCGAAUGUGCGUUCUAUGGAUUUUUGGUUUUACGAAAUCGAAGUUUCUUUGGUUGAAGACCAAAUAUGGUUGUGGAUUUUGGUUUGGUAUGAUCUGAUUUUUUGCCCAAACAUACCAAGUGUGACUGCUUCACCUGGAGGAACGUGCCAUGUACAUACAUACAUGGCUCGAGUGACAGGAGAUCAAAGCCAAGAGGGAGAUUCCAAUUUUCCCAUUGCUUGAUGUUUUGGUCAUGUGCCAAGUUUUUUUUCCCUUAGAAGUUGAAUGUAGGAAGUACCUAGUAGUGCUCUACUUACCAUAAUCUCACUGGGCGUGGUUGGUACACAAUUGUACUUGAUUCUAUGCGUGGGGCAGUGAAUCAGAAACAUCAAAGUUAUACUAUUUCAUGUCGUAUAUGAAAAAUGUGAUGGAUUAUGAUGUGUUUCUAUCGUCUAAUAUAUCAGUCUUAAUUAUUUUUCCUGUGUGUUAAAA